GCGCGCUUGACAUAACGGUACCGUCUCCGAGGAUGCCGUUCGACGACGGUUCUGCGCAUCCAGCGUGCUCGCCGCGAGUUCACGACGAAUAUUUUAACUCUGAUUCUCUCGUCGUUCAGUCAUCUUCAUUGUUCUCGAUCUUGCGUGUCUCCUUUGUCAACUCUCGUUUCCUCGCUGCAUUGGCGAACAACUUUUGAGUGAAAAGUCAAGGAAAAAAAGAGAAAUUGUAUAUUAUUGUCGGCACAAAUAUGGAUGUUGAUAAGAUAUCGUGCCCGAUAUGCGGCAAGGAGUUUGCUUCCUCUGUCAUCGAAUUCCAUGCCAGCAAGUGCUUAUUCCUGAAUGAAUCUGCGACGGACGAACCUAGUUCCCUCAGAGAUUCAAGUCCCAUAACAAAAAAAAUUAAAUUGAAGCCAGCGAGUGUAAAAAAGACCAGUGCAGUAGGCGUGAAGCGGAAGAGCUUGGAUUAUUUCUCAUCUCAAAAUUCUCAGAGGGUUGAAGAGAAUGUUGCGGAUGAUGCAGAUCCAGAUAUUGUGCCUCGAAAAAGCACCAACGAAUGCAAGAAGUCGAAGACCGAACUCGUACCUCUGGCGGAACAGAUGAGACCCACGUCGCUGUUGAAUUUCGUCGGGCAGAGGCACAUCCUUGGACCGCGCGCGAUGCUCUCGGAGCUCCUGCAGAAGGGCGAGAUACCCAACAUGAUUCUCUGGGGCCCACCCGGAUGUGGCAAAACCUCCUUAGCUAACGUCGUCGCGCAUAUGUGCAAGAACGACGCGAACCGUAAGUUCCGAUACGUCAAGCUGUCGGCGGCGAUGGCCGGUGUCCAGGAGGUGAGGGAGGUCAUUAGCGUCGCCGCUAAUCACAACCGAUUCGGGCAGCGUACGAUAGUAUUCAUGGACGAGAUACACAGAUUCAACAAGACGCAGCAGGACGUGUUCCUGCCGCAUGUCGAGUCGGGCACCAUCACUCUGAUCGGCGCCACGACGGAGAAUCCCUCGUUCAGCUUAAACUCCGCCUUGUUGAGCCGCUGCAGGGUGAUCGUGCUGCAUAAAUUGUCCGUAGCGAACCUGGUGUCGAUUUUGAAGCGCGCGGUAGUCUCGCUAGAAGGUAUAAUACACGCGUUUGACGAGGACAAGAGCAUCAGCACCAUCGGAGAAAACGCGUUGGAGGUAAGUAAGAUCGGUACGGAGUCGUCGUGCAACACGAAGUUCAUCGUGGACGAACCGACGAUAGAAUGGUUGGCUGAAACUUGCGACGGCGAUGCGCGGAUAGCAUUGGGGGGCCUGGAGAUGGCUGUGCGAUCUAAAACGCCCAGCCAAGAGGAACUCUUAAACGUCGGACCGACUGUAAUAACGCUGGGCGACAUCGAGGAGAGCCUGAAAAAAUCGCACAUGCUGUACGACAAGAAGGGCGAUCAGCAUUACGACAUGAUCUCCGCGUUACACAAAUCGGUCAGAGCGAGCGACGAAAACGCUUCGCUUUACUGGUUAACCAGGAUGAUCUCCGGCGGUGAAGACCCGGUUUACAUCGCGCGAAGAUUAGUGAGGAUGGCCAGCGAGGACGUCGGUUUAGCUGACCCAAAAGCUCUGGAGAUAGCGGUCCACACGAUGCACGGUUGCAAAAUGAUCGGUACGCCGGAAUGCGACGUUCUCUUGGCGCAAUGCACAACGUACCUGGCGCGAGCCCCGAAGUCCAGAUUAAUGGAAGACGCACUUAGAGCGGCGCAAAGAGUGGUGGCCGAGCACAAGGGCCCGCAACCAGGAGUACCUUUGCACUUGAGAAAUGCCCCUACGAAGCUCAUGAAAGAUUUAGGAUACGGUAAGGGAUAUAACAUGAAGCGUAAAGAAGAUUCUGGAUUGAGUUAUCUGCCGGAAGGAUUGGAAGAGGUAAAUUUUUUUGGGAGCAGUGGAGAUGAUAUAUAAAAAUACUACGGUAAUUCAGUUUUAAGAUAUAUAUUUUCGAGAUAUACAACGAGAAUACACAAUUCGCGUUUCUUGUAAAUUUAAUGAAAAGACGGGUCUCAGAUAUUAGAGUUUUAAGCAUUUCUAAUGUAAACUAUAAUAUGUAUAUACUGUGUAUAUAUAAAAUAUAUUUUUUAUGAUGUAAUAUGUAUAUAAGAGAUUAAAAAAUACGUCAUGAUACUUUGUUGCUCAUACAACGUCGAUAAUCUAACUCGGUCGAAUAAAGAAGUGAUAACUAAAA